AUGGGAAUUGCAAACAAUAUGUGUUUUCAUGGUGCAACCAUGGACGAUGAAAAAUUGUUGAGAUCAAUGUCCCCAAAAUGGAUCUGUUCAAUUAAAGAGUCCAAGGAUUUUGAAUGUAUGUCCAUUAAUGAACUUCAAAGUUCUUUGUUAGUUCAUGAACAAAAGCUCAACCUUGCUAAUAAGGUAGAGGAGCAAAUAGCUCUCAAAGCCUCUACCCAUAAUGAAUCCUCAAGGAAUAGAGGAAGAGGUAGAGGAAGAAGUGGAAGAGGUCAUGGAAGAGGCGGUCAUGGAAAUAGAGAUGGUAGCAAUCCAUCUCAUUCCUCAAAGAGAGAUGAUGACUCUCCAGGAAAAGGAAGGGGGCAGUAUGACAAGUCUAAGAUUGAAUGCUACAGAUGUGGCAACCUUGGUCUUAUAAGAGUGAGUGCUACACGAAGCCGCUAA